CAUGACUGAGGAGAAGAAGGCAAUUGUGAGGGAUCUCGGAUUCAGUGGGUUGAUGCACAUCCCACCACUCAGGGUGGAUCACCAACUCUUAAGGGAACUGGCAAACAACUUCAAACUUGGGGAGAACAGACUGAAGACAGGAUAUGGUUCUUUCCAAAUAACACCAAAAACAAUAGGUGAUGCGCUUGGCAUCAAUGCAACAGGAAAUCUGUUUCCUGAGAAAGUUGAGUAUAAGCAACUUUCUGAUGAUGACAAAAUAAUUUAUAGAAGAUUCCAGGGUAAGACCCUCAAAAGUCUUACCGAUGAAAUGAUGGAAAUCGGCGUUGGCAACGAAGAGGAACGCCUGAUGUUCAAGAGGAUAUUCAUCCUCUACAUACAGAUGGCGUUUCUUUUGCCAACGACGAUAAACAAAAUAUCACCCGUGCACCUGGCCCCAAUUUUUAAGAUGGACGGCAUAUCGGAGAGAAACUGGAGGGGGGGCAUGUUUUGACCUUCAUGAUCAAGGGCAUCACAGACUACCAGGAGAAGAAGAAGAAGGCAAUUGAUGGCUGCCUCUUUGCCCUGAUGAUAAUAUACUUUCAUCUUUCUGAAAACAAAGGCAAGAAGAGGGCUGAAAGACCACCAAAGCCUUGGAUUACCAACUGGACUAAGGAGCAGUUGGUGGAAAGAAUGACUGCAGAAAGAGAGGAAAUUUUGGUAAGUAAACAUAAUAUGUUGCUUGUAUUUUAUUUACCUGAAUGCUGCUAGCUAAAAUAUCUAAUGUUUCAGGGGAUUGUGAAGAUGGCGGAGACAAGAGCAAGAGAAAAAAUGAAAAAAAAAAAGAAAAAAAAGAAAAAAAAAAGAAAUAAAAAAAACAAAAAAAGGAAGGCGAGUCCAACAUCGUCUUCGGAGACAGAAACAGCUACUGACAUUGACGCUUCUACCUCUGAGUCUGAGACUCAAGAAGACUCAGAGGAUUCAGGAAGAAAACACCCCAGCAAAAAGGGAAAAUAGUAAGUACCAUACUUGGGUGUAAUUUCUUUUUCGAGUUGGGUGUAUUUUGUUGAUCACGUUGGGUGUGUGUAGUUUAUUAAGCUGGGUGUGUUCGUUUGCUGCGUUGGAUGUAUAUUGUAUAUUCAGUUGGGUGUAUAUUGUGAAUUCAUUUGGGUGUAUUUUUAGUAUGUUCUAAAUAAUAAUUGUUUGCCUUCCAGAAUGGACUCCAGAAAAAGA